AUUUUCUGGAUUUUAACACCAGAACCGUGAAAGGCACCCAACCUCCCUGACCGACGGCCGGUUUUUUCGUCGCCGCCUCUAAGAACACCAUCUUCUCCGAUGAAAUAAGCGAAAUUUAUUAGGCACUUUGCCGCAAUCGGAGGGAUUUCCCUGUGAAUUCAUACCUAAUAACUGCAAGCCGUUUAGGUCUCUCCAUUCUCGUUGCAGAUUCUUACAGAUCCAAGAACAUUUAUUCUUCUUCAUCCGAUCAGGUUUUGUUAAGUUGCAUUGCUUUACUAUGUCAUCAUUAAAGUCAACUUCAAAGGCUGUAAGGCAGUUGAUUAUAUGCAAAAAUGGUGGCACACGGUUAGUGAGAUGCUUACAGAACAAUCCUGAACUGGAAACUUGUGUUCAGAGUCGGUAUUUUAGGAGCAUCGGAAGUGUUGAAACAUUGCCAUCUUCCUGUCAAAUGGUUGGUGCUGCUCAUAAGGAUCCCCCCUUCUUGCAAAAUACGUCUUCUGGUAUUCUUAGUCAAAGGAGGGGAUUUCUUGGCUGUGGCGAUGGGGAUGAGGGAAGUAAUGUUUUAUCGAAAGUUCAUGAGGAGAAGCGUAUUAUGGGGUAUUCUCCAGAACAAUUAUUUGCAGUAGUUGCCGCUGUUGACAUGUAUCAGGAUUUUCUUCCCUGGUGUCAACGAUCGGAUAUAAUUCAACGUCAUUCAGAUGCGUCUUUUGAUGCCGAGUUGGAGAUUGGAUUUAAGUUUCUUGUGGAAAGCUAUGUAUCUCAUGUGGAAAUGAUAAAACCGAAAAUGAUAAAGACAACCUCAUCACAGAGCAGCCUUUUUGACCAUUUAAUAAACAUUUGGGAGUUCCAUCCGGGUCCUGUUCCAGGAACAUGUAACCUUCAUUUCUUUGUGGAUUUUAAGUUCCAGUCACCCUUGUACUCACAGAUGGCAUCCAUGUUCUUCAAGGAAGUGGUCUCUCGACUAGUUAACUCUUUCAACGACCGUUGCCAUUUGAUAUAUGGGCCAGGGAUCCCAGUUCGUGAAAAGCUUAUCGAACGAGGCACUUGAUCAUUGUUUAACUGGUUUAAAGGUUUUGGAGCGUGGAUCCCGAAUCUAGAUCUUGAAUAUGGCCAGUGGAUAUCUUGGUUUGAUAUCGGAUAUUUGACAAUACGGGCAAAUUUCUGCAUCUUUGACGACUUUCUGAUUCUUUUUGGUAUUUUUCAAUGCCAUUGAUUGAUUCAAGAUCGAGGGGGGGAUUCAGGGUUGGAACCGUAGAGUUUGGAGGUUCUGUUCACCUUCAACUUCAUCCUGAAAAGCUGUAGCUGUAGUUUGUUAAACUUUCCCGAUGAAUUUGUUCUUUUUGGCCUUCCAACACUUGCUUGUGCACACUUUGCUUAGCGUGUAUCUAGCUUCUGCACAGCGACACUAAAGCGUUGGUCUUACGUCU